GGUGAGCGGAUUUUGACUGCUGGGGAAGCCUACAUAACAAGCAAUUUGAAGUGCAGACUUAAAUUGGUUGAAAGUACAUUGCCUGUUACAAUUUUUCUAGAAAAUUGCCUGUCAAGAGUCGGCAAUAGACCCACACAUAAAGAGACAUGUCUAGCCCUAUGCCCAUAUGGUUAUAGCCUAUAGGUGCCAACAGAUAGUAGCUUCAAUUCAAGUAAUACUGAUUGGAUGUCUUGCCUGUUGAGUGAUGAUGAUGAUGAUGAUAACAUAAUGAUCAUCCCUCUACAAAAUGCUUGUGGUCUGCACUGCAUUAUUGGCAGAACUGUGACAUUAGUUUGUCCUCGUGGCAAAUGUUUGUGGUUUGGUUUUGUGCAAGAAAAGAUUUUGGCACAGAGCAUAAAACUCAGAGAAGACCUCUCUCUCUCUCUCUCCCUCUCUCUCUCUCUCUCUCUCUCUCUCUCUGCCCCUCUUGUGUUUAUACACUCCUCUCAUUCCGCUCACUCCCUUCAGUCGCGGUUAACGGGCGUGCGGUUGCCAGGAGAGACGCGCUGUAACGGCAGAGCGGCACGGGCUCUCCCGCGCCAUUUCCUCGUCUCGAGCCGUGGGAUGUCGAGCAGCGGCUCGGGCUCUUCUUCCUCGCGGAAGGAGUUCGAUGUGAAGCAGAUCCUCCGUAUCCGAUGGAGGUGGUUUGGUCACCCCGCGGUUCCUCCGCCUCACUCUCCGCCGCUGGGAGACUACUUCGCCGGGAGGAGAGCGGGCGGCAGCGCGGGGGACGGACCUUCAGUCAGCGGCAGCGGCGGCAGCAGCAGCAGCAAUUCUAAUUCAACCAACGUAACCCCGAGCGUGGGGAGUCACAGCGGUCUGGUGGCCAGCGGCAGCGCGGGGUCUAACCUGUGUAACGGCAGCAGCAGAAAGUUUGCUGAUCCGCCAGGGAGUCGGGGCGGUCCGGGAGGCGCGGCAGCGGGAGCGACGGGCAGCUCCUGUCCCCGCUCCUUCAGCCAGCCGGAGUGUAGGAGCUCCACGGCGGCGUUGUCCUGGGUUUCCCCGCCUCCCCAUCGUCGCUCCCGGCCGGUGACGAGCAUGGAGCUCCCCGGUGAGGCUCAGCUUUUGCCCGAGCCCUCAGCUCAGGUCGGGGGUGAGGAGGAGGAGGCGGCGGCGGCGGCGGCGGCGGCACCGUCAGCGUCGGGCACCGAGGAAACUAACAACCACCCGGAAACCGACUCCAGCUCCUGCAGGACGUCUAACAGCAGCGCCACCCUGUCCUCGUGCGUGUCCAUGGAGCCCUGUGCGUGUCCAGAGGACUCUACGUUCACCGCUCUGUCCCACGCCGAUGUCACCUUCUCCAAGAUGGAGGGUUACCUGAGGUCUCGACAGCUGUGCGACGUCGUUCUGGUGGCCGGAGAGAGGCGGAUACCUGCACACAGAUUGGUCCUCUCAUCCGUGUCUGACUACUUUGCAGCCAUGUUUACCAGUGAUGUCAGGGAGGCCAAGCAGGACGAGGUGAAGAUGGAAGGAGUGGACCCUGAUGCAUUGUGGGUCCUGGUGCAGUAUGCAUACACAGGCCGUCUGGAGUUGAGGGAGGACACCAUCGAGUCUCUGCUGUCGGCGUCCUGUCUGCUCCAGUUGACGUCGGUGGUUCAGGCCUGCUGCUCGUUCCUGAUGAAGCAGCUCCACCCGUCUAACUGUCUGGGUAUCCGCUCCUACGCCGACGCCCAGGGCUGCCACGACCUGCAGAUAGCCGCCCACGCCUACACCAUGGAACACUUUCUAGAUGUUGUGGGAGGCCAGGAGUUCCUGCUGCUCCCGAUGGAGGAGAUGGAGAGGCUGCUCAUGUCUGAAGACGUGAACGUGCCCGACGAGGAAACCGUGGUAACGUCCUUGCUAACGUGGGUCGGACAUGACACUGCCACACGUCAACGUCACCUACCGAUGCUGAUGGCUCACAUCCGACUGCCUCUGCUGCAGCCGCAGUUUCUGGCAGACCUGGAGUCAAACCCUCUGCUGCGGGACAGUAUCGAGUGCCAGCGGCUGCUGAUGGAGGGGAUGAAGUAUCACCUCUUGCCCCAGCGGCGGCCCCUGCUCCAGAGCCCCCGCACUCGUCCCCGCAAGGCCACCGUAGGAGCCAUGUUUGCUGUCGGAGGCAUGGACGCUACAAAAGGUGCGACCAGUAUCGAGCAGUACUGUCUGCGUCAGGACACGUGGAGGCAGGUGGCCACCAUGAGUGGGCGGAGACUUCAGUUCGGUGUAGCUGUCCUUGACGGUCGUCUGUACGUGGUGGGCGGCCGAGAUGGACUCAAGACCCUCAACACUGUGGAGUGUUACAACCCGCACAGCAAGACCUGGAGCGUCAUGCCUCCCAUGUCCACGCACAGGCACGGCUUAGGUGUAGCUGUCCUAGAGGGGCCCAUGUACGCGGUGGGAGGACAUGACGGCUGGAGCUACCUCAGCACUGUGGAAAGAUGGGACCCCCAAGCUCGCCAGUGGAGUUUUGUUGCAAGCAUGGCGACGCCCAGAAGCACAGUGGGAGUCGCUGUACUCAAUGGCAAGUUAUAUGCAGUAGGGGGUCGUGAUGGCUCGUCCUGCCUGCGAUCAGUGGAGUGUUUCGACCCACACACCAACAGGUGGAGUGGUUGUGCUCCCAUGGCUAAAAGGCGUGGAGGUGUGGGUGUGGCCACGUGGCACGGCUUCCUGUACGCCAUCGGAGGUCAUGAUGCUCCAGCUUCAUCGCUUGCAUCUCGGCUUAGUGACUGUGUGGAGAGGUAUGACCCUCAGACUGAUGUGUGGACGGCAGUCGCCCCCAUGAGUAUUAGCAGGGAUGCUGUCGGUGUCUGUCUCCUUGGCGACCGUCUCUAUGCUGUCGGCGGUUACGACGGGCAGGUGUACCUCAAUACCGUUGAAGCUUACGACCCUCAGACUAAUGAAUGGACACAGGUAGCGCCUCUGUGUGUGGGCAGGGCGGGAGCGUGCGUGGUGGCUGUCAGACUGUGAAAACAACAACAUCCAGUGAUGGACUUGGUAUGAUGCGGCUCAGAGAACCCUCCUCUUCACCACCGCUGACGUGCAAACCCAUCUGCCUGGCAGCAUGUGAGCGCCACCAGGAAGUGAGAGACUGAUUACUGAACACACUUCAGGUGUCAGACCUUGACAGAAGCACGUUGAACUCUCCUGUAACGGCUCCCUAUCAUUUUUAAUUUUUUUAUGUUUAGGGUCGUGUUGAGUGUCGGGUUUCUGAUGGAGUCUUCACAUUACAAACUUUUUGUUAACCUCUCCUGUAGAAGUGAACUACCACCGACACCCGUGAUGAAGAAGAAUCUGCAGUGUUUGUGUGAGCAUGACAGAACAGCUGUCUCACAGGGUUUUUUUUCUCCCUUGCCUGUUAUAUUGUUCCUGCAGACAGUGUAGGACAAACACACACACACACACACACACACACAUCUACAGACCUACACGGCUGCUUUCAGCUUCUUCUAUUUCUGUUGACAAAAAAGUGAGACAGAGAGAAAGAGGGAGAGAGACAGAGAGAGAGGUUGUCAGGACGGCUGAGAUGCCUCAUCAUUUUAUGCUUUCACUUUUCCUAACAUGAACUGAUAGUGUGUAUUGAUGCUAUUUUAACAUAUUCCCUGUUAUUUUAUGCUGCAGUCUGCAAGCGCUCUGCUCCCGAUUUCUAUCCUGCUCCUUCUCCCUGACAGUUUAAAGAAAGACUUUUGACAUAAUCAGCACAACCUUAUGAGCUGCAGCACUGUAAGGAACGCUGAUGCUUUUUUAGACAAAAACACAUCAUGAUGCUUAAUCUUGAUAUUCCUCUGAAGCACACUGAGUGUCAGUAAUGUACAGCUUAUUUUAAGAUUUUUAACAAGCCACAAAUGCAAAUUAUUCCACCUCUUCCUUUUAUCUUCUGUUGUUUAACGUCAUAUUCUCUCCUUUGGUUUCACAUAUUUGAGCUGUAAUGAGGUUCACAGCCUGAGUCAUAGAGAGCGUAAAUGUGGCCCUGCGUUGAGACCUGAAUGGAAAGACUCACCUAUUUCCAGGCUCAGCGUCUGUCCCAUCUGCUUUUUCUCGUGCGUGUACAUGUACAUGUGUUCAGAUGUUCAGAAACUGCAGAGUGUAUUUUUAUCUCAAAUGAGAAUCUUCCCCUCUCUACACAAUUCCCCGCUGCUUUCUCUUCAUCCCCAUUUUCCCACUUCAUCACCACACACACACACACACACACACACAGCACUGUGUUUAAGGGGCAGAAUUGGAUACAAGGACAGAAAUGAACAACAGAGACCCUGAAUUUAAUAACGCUGGUUCAGCCGAUGUAACGUUUUGUUUGAUGUGGAGUUCAAAGCGUUAUUAGAUUUGAUGCUGCUGCAGACACACAAUCAGACGUCAACGGAGAAAAUGAGUUUCGACCUCAUGUGUUCAUGCUUGAGUAAACUUAUUGUACAUGUCAUACGUAAAUGUGCGUUUCCCCUGUGUGGCUAAAUCUGCUCCUCCCAUUUUGUUUGUGUGUGUGUGUGUGUUUGUGUGUGUUUGUGUGUGCUUAGUGUACAGAAAAGCAGCUCCUGACAGUGAGAGGCAGAGCAGGCACCCUGUCUGAACUGACAGAUCUAGAGCUAAUGUAGCCCCCAGGAUGCUCUUCAGAAACACACAUGGACCGUUCACAGACACACGGACACACACACAUAAACACACACACACACACACACACACACACACACACACACACACACACACACACACACACACACACACUUAAGCACACAGCCGAAAGCCAAGCGCCCCAGGAGCCAGGGAAGAUUGAAAAGCCUCCCGUAUUUGCCAGCAUGACAUCUCAAAAGCAGAGAGGGGCGGGCGUGCGAUUCCCCAAAGCUGAGCGGAUGUUUAUUCAGGCCGAAUGCACGACUGCAUUAUUCUAUUUUCUUCUUCUCCUGCAAACCACCGAAACCUGCUCAGUGGUUAUUUAGAGAGUCGUUCUCCUCAAAGCAGAUUAGAUGAGCGCAGAGGUAAACGUGUCACCUCCACUGUGUACAGUCAGAGAGUUUGAAUUCAGUCAGAGGUCAAAUACAUCCCUGUUUCCAACAAAAGUUUGGACGUUGUGUAAAAUGUAAAUAAAAACAGAAUGUGAAAUUGAAAUCAUUUGCAGUGGGCGUGGUGAGGCUUAUGAUUACCUGUGCGUUUGUGAGGCAAGAGGCUAGACAAAGAGGUUGAGUGGAUUUGAAUAUUUUCUGUUGACCGUCAUCGUAAUGAUCAUUGUCUUAUGGACUUUUUGUUUAGAAUUAUUUUUUCAGGUUUUUGUUUAAUAUAUCUACAAACAUAUCUAAACUUUGUAUUUGAUUUGGAUAAGAACGAGUCACAGGUUCAGGCCCACUUAGUCUCUGUGCGGCAUUAUCCAAUCUAAGCCGCUACAAUCAACGCGUUCUGAUUUUUUUGGACGUUUUACACAAAGUCCCAACGUUUAAGGAAACAGAGUUGUAUAAAAAAAGACAUUCCAAAUCAAUCUAUGUAUUUAGUGUAUAUGAUGUACAUAAAUAAAUAUUAAAUAUGUAUGUAGUCUUAUUGCUUUAUGCUGUAGUAUGCAGCACACAGUACAAGUGCAGAGUGUUAUUGUGUGUUUCACUUUGUACCAUGAAUUCAAACCAAGAAGAGAAAAAUGAAGAAUGUACAGCUGCCCAUCUCCUCCUUAAGUACCAGCAUAUAACACCUCCUCUUCUACAGUAUAAAUAAGGGAUGUACAAUAUAUCUAUGUGCUGCUGUAAUAUGCUGUUAUCUGUCUUUUUAUACAGUAAAGUCCAGAUGUGAUUGAA